GCUGGCAUGACAUCAGCCACGGAGUUUGAAAACGUGGGCAACCAGCCACCGUACAGCCGGAUCAAUGCCCGCUGGGACGCCCCGGAAGAUGAGCUGGAUAAUGACAACAGCUCAGCCAGGCUCUUUGAGAGGUCCCGGAUCAAGGCCUUGGCAGAUGAACGGGAAGUUGUUCAGAAGAAGACCUUCACAAAAUGGGUGAACUCCCACCUGGCCCGAGUGUCCUGCCGUAUCAGCGAUCUCUACAAGGACCUGCGGGAUGGGCGGAUGCUCAUCAAGCUGCUGGAGGUGCUCUCCGGAGAGAUGCUGCCAAGGCCCACCAAGGGAAAGAUGCGCAUCCACUGUCUGGAGAACGUGGACAAGGCCCUGCAGUUCCUCAAGGAGCAGCGUGUGCACCUGGAGAACAUGGGCUCUCACGACAUCGUGGAUGGCAACCACCGCCUGGUCCUGGGCCUCAUCUGGACCAUCAUCCUCCGCUUCCAGAUUCAGGACAUUGUUGUCCAAACUCAGGAAGGUCGUGAGACGCGGUCAGCCAAAGAUGCCUUGCUGUUGUGGUGUCAGAUGAAGACGGCAGGGUACCCCCACGUCAAUGUCACCAACUUCACCUCCAGCUGGAAGGAUGGCCUGGCCUUUAAUGCCCUGAUACACAAGCACCGGCCUGACCUGAUCGAUUUUGAUAAGCUGAAGGACUCCAAUGCCCGGCAUAACCUAGAACACGCAUUUGAUGUGGCUGAGCGCCAGCUGGGCAUCAUCCCGCUCCUCGACCCUGAAGAUGUCUUCACAGAAAACCCCGAUGAGAAAUCCAUCAUCACGUACGUGGUGGCAUUUUACCACUACUUCUCCAAGAUGAAGGUGCUGGCAGUGGAGGGCAAGCGUGUCGGCAAGGUCAUUGACCACGCCAUUGAGACUGAGAAGAUGAUUGAAAAGUACAGUGGGCUAGCCUCAGACCUACUCACUUGGAUCGAGCAGACCAUUAACGUCCUGAACAGCCGCAAGUUUGCCAACUCGCUGACCGGCGUCCAGCAACAGCUGCAGGCCUUCAGCACCUACCGCACAGUGGAGAAGCCACCCAAGUUUCAGGAGAAGGGGAACCUGGAAGUCCUACUUUUUACCAUCCAGUCUCGGAUGAGAGCUAAUAAUCAGAAAGUGUAUACGCCCCACGACGGGAAACUAGUGUCUGACAUCAACCGGGCCUGGGAAAGUCUGGAGGAAGCUGAGUACCAGAGGGAGCUGGCCCUGAGGAGCGAGCUCAUUCGGCAGGAGAAGCUGGAGCAGCUGGCCCGGCGCUUUGACAGAAAGGCUGCCAUGAGAGAGACGUGGCUCAGCGAAAACCAGCGCCUUGUGACCCAGGAUAACUUUGGGUACGACCUGGCAGCUGUAGAGGCUGCCAAGAAGAAGCACGAGGCCAUCGAGACUGACACAGCUGCCUACGAAGAGCGGGUGAAGGCCCUGGAGGACCUGGCCCAGGAGCUGGAGAAGGAGAAUUACCACGACCAGAAGCGCAUCAUGGCCCGCAAGGACAACAUCCUGCGCCUGUGGAGCUACCUGCAGGAGCUGCUGCGGUCCCGGCGCCAGAGGCUCGAGACCACCCUGGCGCUGCAGAAGCUCUUUCAGGACAUGCUGCACAGCAUCAACUGGAUGGACGAGAUCAAGGCUCACCUAUUGUCUGCUGAGUUUGGGAAGCACUUGUUGGAGGUUGAGGACUUGCUACAGAAGCACAAGUUGAUGGAGGCUGACAUCGCCAUCCAAGGGGACAAAGUCAAGGCCAUCAUCGCAGCCACCCUGCAGUUCACUGAGGGGAAAGGGUACCAACCUUGUGACCCCCAGAUCAUCCAGGACCGUGUCAGCCACCUGGAGCAGUGUUUUGGGGAGCUGAGUGACAUGGCAGCUGGGCGGAAGGCACAGCUAGAGCAGUCCAAGAGGCUCUGGAAGUUCUUUUGGGAGAUGGAUGAGGCCGAGAGCUGGAUCAAGGAGAAAGAGCAAAUCUACUCCUCCUUGGACUACGGCAAGGAUCUGACCAGUGUGCUCAUCUUGCAGCGCAAACACAAAGCCUUCGAGGAUGAGCUGCGCGGGCUGGAUGCCCACCUGGGGCAGAUUUUUCAGGAGGCCGAAGGCAUUAUUGCACGCAAGCAGUACGGGUACCCGAGGAUAGAGGCCCGCGUCAAGGAGGUAUCGGGCCAGUGGGACCAGCUGAAGGAGCUGGCUGCCUUUCGUAAAAAGAAUCUCCAGGAUGCGGAGAACUUCUUCCAGUUCCAGGGAGACGCAGACGAUCUGAAGGCCUGGCUGCAAGAUGCCCACCGGCUGCUCUCUGGUGAAGAUGUGGGGCAGGAUGAAGGGGCCACGCGGGCCCUGGGGAAGAAGCACAAGGACUUCCUAGAGGAGCUGGAAGAGAGCCGAGGGGUGAUGGAGCACCUGGAACAGCAGGCCCAGGAUUUUCCCCAAGAAUUUCGGGAUUCCCCCGAUGUGACCAACAGGCUACAGGCCCUCCGGCAGCUCUACCAGCAGGUGGUGGCCCAGGCGGACUUGCGUGGGCAGAGGCUACAGGAUGCCCUGGACCUGUAUACAGUGUUUGGGGAGACGGAUGCCUGUGAGCUGUGGAUGGGCGAGAAGGAAAAGUGGCUGAAGGAGAUGGAAAUCCCAGACACCCUGGAGGAUCUGGAGGUCGUGCAGCACAGGUUUGACAUCUUGGACCAGGAGAUGAAGACUUUGAAGGGUCAGAUCGAAAGCGUGAACCUUGCUGCCAACAGCUUGGUGGAGAGUGGCCACCCACGCAGCGGGGAAGUGCGGCAGUACCAGGACCACCUGAACACCAGGUGGCAGGAAUUCCAGAACAUGGUGUCAGAGCGGCGGGAGGCGGUGGACUCAGCCCUCAGGGUGCACAACUACUGCGUGGACUGUGAGGAGACCGGCAAGUGGAUAUCAGACAAGACGAGUGUUGUGGAAUCUACAAAGGACCUGGGGCGGGACCUGGCAGGUGUCAUUGCCAUCCAGAGAAAGCUGACAGGACUGGAGCGUGAUGUGGCCGCAAUCCAGGCCCGCGUGGGUGCCCUAGAGCGUGAGUCUCAGCGGCUGAUGGAGUCACACCCCGAACUGAAGGAGGACAUUGGGUCGCGGCAGGCAUAUGUUGAGGAGCUGUGGAAGGGCCUGCAGGAAGCCCUGAAGGGCCAGGAGGCCUCGCUGGGUGAAGCCAGUCAGCUGCAGACCUUCCUGCAGGAUCUAGAUGACUUCCAGACCUGGCUGUCCUUGGCCCAGAAGGCUGUGGCUUCUGAGGACAUGCCUGAGUCAUUCCCAGAGGCUGAGCAGCUCCUGCAGCAGCAUAAAUCCAUCAAGGAUGAGAUUGACGGGCACGAAGAAAGCUUCAAGAAGGUGAAGGCUUCCGGAGAGAAGGUGAUCCAAGGCCAGACAGACCCAGAGUACGUGCUUCUAGGCCAGCGACUGGAGGGUCUGGAUAUGGGCUGGGACGCCCUGUGCCGGAUGUGGGAGAGCCGCGGCCGUUCCCUCGAACAGUGCCUCGGCUUUCAGGAGUUCCAGAAAGAUGCCAAGCAGGCCGAAGCCAUCCUCAGCAGCCAGGAAUACACUCUGACUCACACGGAGCCCCCAGACUCCCUAGAAGGUGCAGAGGCUGGGAUCCGCAAGUUCGAGGAUUUCUUGGUGUCUAUGGACAGCAACCGGGAAAAGGUCUUGAGUCCCGUGGACUCUGGAAACAAGCUGGUAGCUGAAGGAAACCUGUACUCUGACAAGAUCAAGGAGAAGGUGCAGCUGAUUGAAGAAAGACACCAGAACAACAAUGAGAAUGCCCAGAAGCUCUCGGUUCUUCUGAGAGACAACCUAGAGCUACAGAACUUCCUCCAGAACUGCCAGGAGCUUACUCUCUGGAUCAAUGACAAAUUGCUGACUACCCCGGAUAUCUCCUACGAUGAAGCUCGCAAUCUUCACAACAAAUGGCUGAAGCACCAGGCAUUUCUAGCAGAGCUGGAGUCCCACCAAGGGUGGCUUGAGAACAUUGAUGCAGAAGGAAGGCAGCUGAAGGAGGAGAAGCCCCAAUUUGAAGCCGUGGUGUCCCAGAGGCUGGACACACUGCACCGGCUCUGGGAUGAGCUGCAAGCCACCACCAAGGAGAAGACCCUACAACUCUCUGCCGCCAGGAGCUCCGACCUGCGCUUGCAGACCCACGCCGACCUCAACAAAUGGAUCAGCGCCAUGGAGGACCAGCUUCGGUCGGAUGACCCGGGCAAGGACCUGACCAGUGUCAACCGGAUGUUGGCUAAGUUGAAGAGAGUGGAGGACCAGGUGAAUGUGCGGAAGGAGGAGCUGCAGGAGCUGUUUGGCCAGGCACCCUCACUGGGAGAAGAGGCGGGAGACGCUGACCUGAGCAUCGAGAAGAGAUUCCUGGACCUCCUGGAACCUCUGGGGAAGAGGAGGAAGCAGCUGGAAUUAUCCAAAGCCAAGCUGCAGAUCAGCCGCGACUUAGAGGAUGAGACGCUUUGGGUGGAGGAGAGGCUGCCACUGGCCCAGUCAGCCGACUAUGGCACUAACCUGCAAACAGUGCAGCUGUUCAUGAAGAAGAAUCAGACACUGCAGAACGAGAUCCUGGGCCACGCGCCGCGGGUGGAGGACGUGCUGCAGCGGGGACGGCAGCUCGUGGAGACAGCGGAGAUGGACCUCCAGGACAUCGAGGAACGCCUGGGGCACCUGCAAGACUCGUGGGCGGCUCUGCGGGAGGCGGCGGCUGGGCGGCUGCAGCGCCUGCGGGAUGCCCACGAGGCGCAGCAGUACUACCUGGACGCCGGGGAGGCCGAGGCCUGGAUCAGCGAGCAGGAGCUCUACGUCUUCUCUGAUGAGCCCCCCAAGGAUGAAGAGGGUGCCAUCGUGAUGCUCAAGCGGCACUUGAGGCAGCAGCGCACCGUGGAGGAGUAUGGGAGGAACAUGAAGCAGCUAGCCGGCCGGGCCCAGAGCCUGCUGUCCGCGGGACACCCCGAGGGGGAACAGAUAAUCAGACUUCAGGGGCAAGUGGAUAAGCAGUAUGCAGGGCUGAAGGACAUGGCAGAGGAACGCAGGCGGAAGCUGGAGAACAUGUACCAUCUGUUCCAGCUGAAGAGAGAGGCUGACGACCUGGAACAGUGGAUUACAGAAAAGGAGAUGGUGGCCUCGUCCCAAGAAAUGGGGCAAGACUUUGACCACGUGACUAUGCUUCGGGACAAAUUCCGAGACUUUGCCCGGGAGACUGGGGCCAUCGGGCAGGAGCGGGUGGACAAUGUGAAUGCCAUCAUUGAGCGACUCAUCGAUGCAGGCCACAGCGAGGCGGCCACCAUCGCCGAGUGGAAGGACGGGCUGAAUGACAUGUGGGCAGACCUGCUGGAGCUCAUCGAUACCCGCAUGCAGCUGCUGGCGGCCUCCUAUGACCUGCACCGCUACUUCUACACAGGGGUGGAGAUCCUGGGCCUCAUCGACGAGAAGCACCGCGAGCUGCCUGAGGAUGUGGGGUUGGAUGCCAGCACUGCUGAGUCCUUCCACCGGGUGCACACGGCCUUCGAGCGGGAGCUCCACUUGCUGGGAGUGCAGGUACAGCAGUUCCAGGAUGUGGCUACCCGCCUGCAGACAGCAUACGCCGGGGAAAAGGCAGACGCCAUCCAGAGCAAGGAACAGGAGGUAUCUGCCGCUUGGCAGGCAUUGCUCGAUGCCUGUGCUGGGCGCCGGACUCAACUCGUGGACACGGCAGACAAGUUCCGCUUCUUCAGCAUGGUCCGGGAUCUGCUUUCCUGGAUGGAGGGUAUCAUCCGGCAGAUCGAUACCCAGGAGAGGCCCAGGGAUGUGUCCUCCGUGGAACUACUCUUGAAGUAUCACCAGGGCAUCAAGUCAGAGAUCAACACCCGGGCCAAGAACUUCAGCACCUGCCUGGAGCUCGGGGAGUCCCUGCUACAGCGGCAACACCAGGCUUCAGAGGAGAUCCGGGAAAAACUGAAGCAGGUAUUGAUCAGGAGGCAGGAGAUGAAUGAUAAAUGGGUGACCCGAGAUGAUCGGCUCCACAUGCUGCUGGAGGUGUGCCAGUUCUCGAGGGAUGCCUCUGUGGCCGAAGCAUGGCUCAUUGCCCAGGAGCCCUACCUGGCCAGCCGGGACUUUGGCCACACUGUGGACAGCGUAGAGAAGCUGAUCAAGAGGCAUGAGGCUUUUGAGAAGUCCACAGCCACCUGGGCAGAGCGCUUUGCUGCUCUGGAGAAGCCCACCACGCUUGAGCUUAAAGAACGCCAGACCCCAGACAGACCUGCAGAGGAGCCCGGGCCUCAAGAGGAGGAAGGCGAGACAGCAGGGGAGGCUCCCCGAGUCCCCCACCGUGCGGCGACUGAGAGAACAUCCCCGGGGGAAGAAGAGAGGCCAUGGCCUCAGGACCUGCAGCCACCACCCUUGCCUGGGCAGGAGGAGAAAUCUGAUGAAAAUGAGAGGCCUGCCACGGAGCCCCUGUUUAAGGUCCUAGACACUCCUCUGAGUGAGGGCGACGAGCCCACAACGUUGCCGGCCCAGCAGGACCACGGGCACAGCGUACAGAUGGAGGGCUACCUUGGCCGCAAGCAUGACCUGGAGGGGCCCAACAAGAAGGCAUCCAACAGGUCCUGGAACAAUUUGUACUGUGUGCUCAGGAAUAGUGAACUGACCUUCUACAAGGACGCCAAAAACCUGGCCCUGGGGGUUCCCUACCAUGGGGAGGAGCCCCUGGCCCUGAGACAUGCUAUCUGUGAGAUUGCUGCCAACUACAAAAAGAAGAAGCACGUCUUUAAGCUGAGGCUGAGUAAUGGCAGCGAGUGGCUCUUUCAUGGCAAAGAUGAGGAGGAGAUGCUGUCCUGGCUGCAAGGUGUGAGCACGGCCAUCAACGAGUCCCAGAGCAUCCGCGUCAAGACGCAGAGCCUGCCUCUGCCCUCCCUCACUGGCCCGGAUGCUAGUCUUGGCAAGAAGGACAAGGAGAAGAGAUUCAGUUUCUUCCCCAAAAAGAAAUAGCAGCCGGUGGCCCCCGCUGGUGGGGCCAGCCAGGCAGGCGCAGUGGUGCAUCAGGGCACACAGGGACUGGCCACCUGAGGCCGUGGGCCCUGACCUCCACAGUGGAUGGUCCUCCUCCACCUCCUGCCCACCAGCUCGAGAGUCACCAGGCCGGCCCCUGGGGCCCCCGCUGCGCUGCAAUAGCUGCCUCUGCGCCCUGCCUGGCAGCCCCGACGCCUGCCAACAUGCCCUCUGCCUGUGGCACAGACGGCUUGGCUCCAGGAGGCAGGAAACGGUUCCCUGAGGCGCAUGCCCUCCUCUCUGCAUCCCCAUAAAAGCAGAAGGUGGCUGAUGGGGCUUGUUCAAUGCUGCCCAUUCCCACAGCAAGUCGUGCUUGGGGUUACCUCCCAUGUGGUCACAGCCAGGAAAGGGGAAGGGAAAGGGAAGGGGGACACUGGCAAAGCCUGACCUGCCCUUAGGGGAACGAGGAGACUUCAGGGGGGCCACAGAGCCCCAGCUCUGGGCCAGGGGCUGCUGGGGGACUGAGGGGACAAGAAGGAACACAGGGCCUCAGGUGCUGCCAGCCACCUCCCCACUGGGCUUUCUCAGAACUGGGUCCCUCCUUAGGGCCAGCAGAUACUUUCCUCUCCCCUCCUCUGUGUUGUGGGUCCUGACUGAGGGAGCCUCCUGCUGCCCCUGGCACCCUUUUUUGGUACCAGCAGAGACUGAAGGAGGGAGGACCAGCAGUUCUCAAACCAUUCCUCUUUGAAAACCCUAGUUAGAGCUUCAGACUCAGGGCUCAGACCUGAAGGAGGGACAGACAGGUCCCCACACUGCCUAAGGCUCUGCCUCUCCGGGUUGGGAUCCUUCCCACUCCCAAUAGCAACCAAGCCAGCAAUAUCCGCUAGAUGCACAGCGGGGAACCAGUGUAGGCCCCCAGAUAUGGGAUGGAUGCCCCAGCGCCAGGUAAAGCAUCCCAAAGUCCAGUGCCCAUUGUGUCUGCAGCUGGUGUCAUCCAAGGCUACUGACUGACCGGACAGAGAGCCGGGUUAUCAGAGUGGAGUGACAAAUAUGGCCGUACCUAGGUAUUAACGGCAUGUGACACAACUACUGCUGGGCAGCUGGGAUAAAUGCUGGGGCCAGAGAGGGCCUGGCCUUGGGUUCUGGGUUCCGAGAGACAUAUAGAUACAGAGAUCACCAAACAUCUCCCAAACCCACUCCAAACACUAACGGGCUCUGCAAUCUCUGUCCCCAGGGAGAGUCUUCCCCAUGCUCUGGAGGGGCGAAAUCACCAGUCCAAUGAGGACUUUCCUUCUCUGAAAGCAAUACAGCUUCAGCCCAGCAUCUUAUCUGGGGUUAGGUCCUAAAGAGGGGAUCAAGCUGAAGGCAGCAGGCGUUCUCCCCCAGGGAGACCAAAAAGGUCCCCAGGGCCCAAAGCUACUUUUUCUAUUGCCUUCCCUAUGGGAAGGAGCUUUGGCUUUGUGGAAAUGAAUCAGGUAAGACUCAGGGAAAAGCCACACAGGUAGAUAUCAGAGUUAGGAGGCCUUCCCAGGAACCUUUAGUACUGACUGGGGCAGGCACAGCUCAGAGAGCACUAUGUCAGGGUGAGGCCGACUCCAGCAGACAGGAACCACACGGGAGGGAAUCAGUUACCCAAUGGAGCCUGCUCUCCCCACAUGAGGUCUUCCACCUCUAUAGUGAGGGUCUUCAUUUGGCCUCAACACAUAGGACCCUAUGACCCUCUGCUUCUACAGGGAACCUGGCGUGUUCCAUUAGUCAGCCUCUGUCUACUGCUGGGGAAGCCAAGGCUGGAAGGUGACCAUACUCACCUGGCAGUAAAAAAAGCCUUUGGUGCAUUCAAAGGCAGGCCCACCUCUGGGACAGAGAGCAGGCUCCUUGCCAAGGGCAGAAGGUGACAAGUAGCUCUCAACUAUUUCCCCAGGCCAGUAGUGAGCCAAUGGACAAAGGUCCACCUUCUCCCCUCCAUGUGUGCCCAAGUAGCACCAGAAGUGAGGAAUUUCCAGUGAGCAACUCCAUGGAGUCAAGAAAGAAAGGGCUCCAUGGAAGAGCUAGAAUCUCGCCACCCCAGGUUCCCAGGAUUGGGCAAGGGCAGCCAGCUGCAUGUGAUUCACUAUCUACCGCCAGCUCCCCACGCAUCUUGCCCAUAUCACCCAGGUCCCGAGACACUCAAUCUUUAACUGGACUGACAUUGCAGGUGCCCAAAUUUGGGAGACUCUAUGCCACUCAAGGACUAAGCUCUCCAGGUGCCCUGGCAAGGUUUCUUUUUUUUCCUUCUUUUCUCAUAUUUUUUAUUUUGCAGUCUUUUCCUUGACAGUGUUUCCAAACUAGGGUGACACAGCUCCAGUCCACACCAGCAUAACAGGCUUCCUCCCCAGGGCGGCUUAGAGGAAGCUCCUUCUGGGCAUGUCAGGCGUCCUCCUGCCCACUCUUCCCCUUUGUCCCUGGCCUCAGCUGAUUCUGGCUGAGGGAGGAGUGGAGGGUCCUGGGGCUCCCCCCACUCCUAACUUUCACCAAGCACCCAGAACAGGAGGCCUGUGUCGGGCUCAGCUUUCCCCCCUACUCCACCCCUCCGUUCUGCCUGUGGGAGGGCAAUCAGGUCCCCUAGACUGGUCCUGGAUCUCCUUCCUCCCUCAGUGGGAGGGGGCAGAGAUCCAGAAGAGGAAGAGACCAGCUGGCCACAUGGCUUGGUCCCUUGGACAAGCAAGCUCAGGGAGGAUACAAGAGAGGAGGUGGCUGCGGAGGAAUGUCACUUGUUGGGUACAGAAUAUGCUAUCUGGGGCUGGCCCUGGGGCCGGCUGGGCCUUGUCCUCCACCUGCUCAAAUGUGCUUCCACCAACCAGAGGAAACCCAUUUACUAGUUUUUCUAAUAAAUCUAUAUAAUGCUCCA